GAUACGUGUACAUGUAAAUACAGACCACGAUUUCGUGUGUCCCAUAAAUUCACACCAGAGCUACAACCAUGUUGGUUCUACUUUGUCUCUCCCUCGCUUUCACCACGGCGCUGGGCGACUCCUGCACAGACCACGUACAUCCAACGUAUGGCAAGGUCGGGAAGUGUAUUAAGAAGUCCUGCUGUGAAUACUCCACCUAUAUAUCCUCCCUGUGUGCUGGGGAUGAUACCGCCUGCUGCUUCAAACGGGAUACCUGCGGAUCUCUGAGUGGUGGAUGCCCCCACAUCGUGUCCCGCGCUUCCUGGGGUGCCCGUGCGCCACGAUCUUCCAGCUAUAUGCCGGCGCCUGCCAAGUACGUCUUCAUCCACCACGGGGAGAGUGGGUCGUGUUCCAGCCAGAGCGCAUGUUCUGCCAUCGUUCGAAGCUACCAGAACUACCACAUGGAUACACACGGGUGGAGUGAUAUCGGGUACAGUUUCCUCGUGGGCGAGGACGGUAAUGCAUACGAAGGGCGUGGCUGGGACAAGAUUGGGGCCCACACCCAGGGUUACAACUCAGUAGGUCUUGGUUUCUGCAUGAUCGGCUCAUUUGACAACCACGUCCCUAACGCCGCUGCCCUGAACACUCUCAAGAACCUCAUCGCGUGUGGUGUUGGAAAGGGCAAGAUCAGCUCAAGGUAUACUUUGAGAGGCCACCGUGACAUGAACCAGACAUCGUGCCCUGGAACAGCACUGUACAACCUGAUCAAAACCUGGCCCCACUACUGAACACGCGGACAGAUGACACUGAAAUCAUACAACAGAAUACAAGGAUAACAUGGACAACAAACUCUUUAUUUUGUGAUAAAGAAAUUGACAUCCAGAAAGCAUCUUGCCUUUAUCAUUACUAAUCAACUUUCAAACUGCCAAUCAAAAAGAACAAUAAAAUUAUAUAUGAAUGAG